UUGUUUUAAAACUUUGUCAACAAAAAUAGAUAAACUAUCUGCCUGAUAUAAAGCAAAGGUUUAAACGUUCUAUUUGUCGAAGUAGGCGUAAAUAACUGAAAUGACGACCAUAUUGACAAUUUCCGCAUGUUGGAUUUUAGUUGUUUUUAUAUACGUUGACGCGGUAACAGAUGACGAUUUUCAAUCAUUGUUUGUCAGGCUUUCUGUGCUCGAACAAAAACAAGCAUUUUUCGAGAAACGAAUUGCUGUGCUUGAAACGGAAAUUAAGUUGUCACAGAAAAGAAUCGCCGACUUAGAAAAAUACAAGACAUUGUCAGAGAGAAGAGUCGCUUCGCUUGAAAGAAAAAAUGAAGCACGGAACAGUAGAAUAGAUGUGUUUGAUGCUGUAAAGAAUAUGUAUGCAAAAACAGCCGCACUUGAAACCAACAACAAUGAAUACGGCAAGACCCUGUUUUACAUGAAAGGCGCCUCGAUUAAAAAUAACAAAAUACAGUCUAACAUAAAAACUGCCGUGCCUGAGAAUGAUUUUGAAGUAUUACCAAACCGUAACGGAGAAACAUAUCCCAGACAGACUGAUCAUAUUGAAAUUGCAAAUAACUCAACUGCAGUAUUACAGUCUGAUCACAGAAGAUUUGCAGUACAAGAGAAUGUGGCAUUUACCGCAAUGAGAGUCCCUAAUCAACAACACAUCGGUAUUAAUCAGGACAUCAUCUUUGAUCGGAUACUUACAAAUGAAGGAGGCGGAUACCAUCCAAAUCACGGUGUUUUUACCGCUCCACAAUCUGGCGUUUACGUUAUCUCAUCGACGAUUUUGACUUGGAUGAAUGGCGAGGUUCAUGCUGCCAUAGUUCAUAAUGGAAACGCUGUCGCUCACAUUUACGGUCACGGAGACAAUGGAAGACACGACCAAGGCAGUCAGACGGUUGUCAUAUGGCUAAAUGUAGGGGAUGAAGUAGCUGUUCAAAAUGUUGAAAACCCAGAUAAUAACAUUUGGGGUGACUUGUAUUCGUCAUUCAGCGGAUAUUUAGUGUAGAUGCAAUAAUCAUGUGAAACCGGUUGUUAACACCUGUAAAAACAUCAGGUUUCCACAUGCUUAUCCAACUGUAUAAGUUACUCUAAAUGUUUUGUCACUUAAAGCCACACACCUUGAAAUGAAAAACAUGGCAUUGUAAAUGUAAGUAUAAAUAAGAACCAUGUUUUAUAUAUGCCAAUUAGAAUAUAUCUGGCCCCGUGUUCACAAAACAUUUUUUGCAAUCGAAAAUCGAUUUUGCUUGUCAUUUAAAAUGGAUUUCCAUUGUAGUUGAUAGGCAAAAAUGAAAAUCGAUUUCAGUUAAAAUCGAUUUUCGAUUGCAAAAUCGUUUUGUGAACACGAGGCCAGGUUGUUAAAAGGUAGAAAUCCGUCUCUUUUGCGCUUUAAAACUUAUAAAAUAAUCGCGUAUGUCGAAAUAGACGUAUACGUCUAGAAAUCCUACUUUCGGUUUAAAAUGCGGAACCGUUUGCAACAAUAAAAAAUUACAUGCUAACUAGGCUAUAGAUUUAAUUUUAUCUAUCUCAAUUACACUAUAUCUGGUGUUAAAAGGUAAAAAUCCGUCUUUUUGCGCUUUAAAACUUAAAAAUAAUCGCGUUUGUCCAAAAUGGACGUAUAAGUUUAGAAAUCCUACUUUCGGUUUUAAAAUUUAAGAAAUUAAUAAAUUACUUGCUAACUAGGCUAUAUAUUAAAUGACCAUUUUGCAAACUUUCAAAUUGCAUCUAUAUGUAUUGAUUAACAUGUACUUCAUUUCAAGGUGUGUGACUUCAAAAAUAUUUGCUUGCGUUUUAAAAUUUGCACACACACGAACGCACGCACGCACACACACACGCACGCUCGCACGCACGCACGCGCACGCACGCACGCACGCGCACGCACGCACGCACGCGCACGCACGCACACACGCACACACACAAACACACGCACACACACGCACACACGCGCACGCACGCACGCACGCGCACGCACGCACGCACACACACACACAAACACACGCACGCGCACACACACACGCACGCGCACGCACGUACACACACAAACGCACGCACACACACACACACGCACACACACACGCAUGCACACACACACACACACAUACUUGUAAAACCUUCCAACCGGGGAAAUGUGUUCUAAACCUACCAACCGGGGACCACCAUUUCCACAUAUUCUAGAAAGCUGAAAGUGAUAAAGAACAGACAAGUUUCGAACCUAAAAUACGAUUUUGACAUAAAAAUUAUGAUAAAUAGGGUAAUAAAUCAAAGAAAAUUUUACAUGCACACCGGGGAAUUAUGUGCGUACCAAAUGAGGAACUGCGAUGUGUGCCAACUGGGGAACGGUGUAUACCGACAGGGGUACUAAGUGCGUACCAACUGUGGAACUUCAAUGUGUACCAACAGGGGAAUGGUGUAUACCAACAGGGGAACUUAGUGCGUUCCAACUGUGGCACUUCAAUGUGUUCCAACUGGGGAACGGUGUAUACCAACAGGGGUACUAUGUGCGUACCAACCGUGGAACUUUAAUGUGUGCCAACAGGGGAAUUGUGUUAACCAAGAGAGGAACUUAAGCGCGCUAUCACCGUGGAACUUCAAUAAUGUCCAACGGGGAAUUUGCGUUUACCAACAGGGGUAAUUGUGUGUAAUUAUGGUACCGUUGUUAAUAGGACAAUGGCGUGCACGUUCAUGGAUAAUAUUUAUGUUAGUACAAAAAUUGAAAAGAAUAUGUAUGAUACAAUAUUUAAAUUAAAUAUGUUUAUCAUAUGACCUUAUAUAAGUUAUACACAAAUGCCUUAUUUGAUUGACUCAAAUAGUAUUCACGUCAAAAUAAGCAUAAGAGACAAAACAAUCAAACAAUACAUUUAUGACUUCAUUAGAUAUAAGCCGACUACAAGCAUGCAAGUGCUGCAAAAUACCAUAACAAUCAUGGUGCAAUUAAUCAACAAAUGAAAACAAUUCGUUCUUAAAACUUAAAAAUAAUGUUAUUUUUUUCAGGCCACGCUAUUUGUCAAACCGAAUGAAGGAGAGGGGGAGGCGGCUUAUUUGUUUAAUUCCUUUUUUCCAUCAGAAAAAAGCAUUCACGAUUUUCACGUACUAUGAAGUUUUUUAUCCUAAAAGAAGAACUGCCCAUAUGCAUGUAGAUUGAGUAGUGUAAAUUAACUUUGUCCUUACUCUGACAUUAUAAAAUAACUCAUGCAUUUAAUCCCCUGAAAUAGGUAAACAUCAGAAAAUUCAUUCACACGCAUGGCAACUUCCACUUCACUUAAAUUGUCUUAAAUACAUUUAUUGCACUUUCAAAAAUAAUAAAAUCUGUAACUUGAAACAAUCAUGAACGUUUCACAACUAAUGUGGCGAGGCCUGAGAAACUAAAUAGUUUAGUAAACUAGCAAAACGACUUGAUAACAA